AUGGAGCUGGUGUUCUGCCGAAAAAAGCACCCCUGCCACCUGAGUAGUUACACCAACUUUAAAUUGAUGGUAAUCAAUGCGGCAGAGUCAGCAAACAACUGCCAAGCGGCCAAGAAAUAUGGUGUGACAGAGUGCCACGUUCGACAAUGGCGAGCACAAAAAGAACGCCUAAAGAAUGCCAACACUAUGAGAAAAGCUUUUCGCGGUCCCAAGAGUGGACGCUUUAAAGAGAUUGAUAGAAAGGUGUGUGAAUACAUUACUGAAAAACGGAAUGACGGAAUGCCCAUCACCAGAGCCGUGAUUCAGCUAAAGGCACGGGAAAUAGCUAACGAACUAAACAUCCCUCCCACCGAGUUCAACGCGAGUCUCGGCUGGUGUAAGAGAAUGAUGCGGCGAAAUGGAUUAGCGUCACGACGCAGGACAGGACUUGCCCAGCGCUUGCCCUCUGACUUCAGAGAAAAGCUACUGUCAUAUCAACGGUAUGUGCUUGGGUUAAGGAAGAAACAUGACUAUCCCUUGGAUCAGAUGGGUAACGCUGACCAAACACCUGUUUAUUUUGACAUGCCAUCAUCUGUCACUGUGGAAAAGAAACGAGAGAAAUCCGUCCUUGUCAAGUCGACUGGUAAUGAGAAAAGCAGGAUUACAGUGAUGUUGACGUGCCUUGCUGAUGGUACAAAACUGCCCCCAUAUGUGAUUUUAAGAAGAAAGACAAUACCCAAAGAGCCCACGCCACCUGGUAUUAUUGUUCGUGCUCAGGAAAAGGGCUGGAUGGAGACAGAGCUCGUGGUGGACUGGCUCAAGGUUGUGUGGGGCCGACGGCGGGGGGGGCUCAGAAAAACAAGAAGCAUGCUGGUGCUGGACGCUUUUCGUGGACACUUGACUGAGCCUGUCAAAAAGCAACUCCGCUCUAUGAACAGUGACCUGGUGAUCAUCCCAGGGGGGAUGACAAGCCAGCUACAGGUGCUUGACGUUGUUGUCAACAAGCCAUUUAAGGAUAGCCUGCGCAAGAGACACACAGAGUGGCUCCUGUCUGCAGAUCACGCACUGACGCCGACUGGAAGGAUCCAGACGCCUGCUGUACAUUUGCUCUGUGAAUGGAUCCUACAGGCUUGGGAUGCUGUUUCCUCAGAGAGCAUCAUCAACGGCUUCAAGAAGUGCUGCGUUUCCAACGCAAUGGAUGGCAGCGAGGAUGAUGUGCUGUGGGAGGAGGCGGGGCCCGCGAAUGAGGAGGGGAGUGAUGAGAGUGACAGUGAGCCCAGCGAGGCAGAAGACCUCUGUGAGUAAUGGACUGUAGUCUAUUCUGAUCAACUUAUGAUGAGCCAAAGGACACUUUGCACUGCUGUUUUUUCACAGUCUGACUUGUUAAUGUUCUUGAAUAGCACUUGACAUUGAUGGUUAAUGCAAUUUUUUGCACUAUUAUUACAUCAACGAUGUAUUGCACAGUUUUGUUGCUGUCUAGUAUGUUUUUUUAUACUGAAUUGUUAAUGUUCUUGAAAUCGAAUAGAACUUGAAAAUGAUGGUUAUGUAGUUAUUUACAUCAUUAAUGCAGUUAUUAAACUUUUGAGGCUACUUAUUUGCUGCUUAUUCACUGAUUCAUAGCCUCAGAUUUUCAGAAAAAGAAUACAGUUCUUAUUAAAUACUGUAGUACUGCCGUAUUUCUUGAUCUUAAA